AUGGAAUCCGUUCCAUGCCGGACAUUCACUGACACAAUAUUCUGAGCCAACCACGGCUUUUUUACCAUCAUCCUGUAGAUGUAUUAAAGUUUGAAUAAUCUACUAAGUUUGGUUAUCUGUAAUGCAAAUCUAUGCACGAGGCAUAACAGUAAAAAAGCCUGUAACUGGUGAGAAGAACUUGUGCCUGCCAUUAUGUCAACAAUUUCAAGAGAAGGAUCUUCUGAGGAGCAAUCUGUUGCUGUGGACGACGAUGCGGCACAGAGAAUAAGAACUCUGACAAUUAGAGGGCAAACUCUUUAUGAAGAAUCAAGAGAUUGGCAUACUCGACAGAUAAAGAAAUUCUGGAGUACAGUUGACGCAGUUAUUGAUACAGCUAAUUCGCUUAAAGAUGAUAACUUACAAGAACUUCAGGAGGUUCAAAGAGAAUUGACACUGCAUGUAGACCAAUUCUCAGCACUCUGUACUCUCUACUUCGAAUUUCUAACAAAGUAUAACACCAAUGAGAGCCUACAGGAAAAGUCAUAUUUCGAAACAACUUUUCGAGGCUACAAGAUACUAAUAGAUGCAUCACUAAGAAGUCUUCGUCAGCGAAUAUCAGAUGCACUACGCAAAGAUACAGACAGAGGAUCAGUCAGUUCUUCAAGACGAUCUGGAGCUAAAACAAGUAGCUCACGAAACACGAGUACAAGCUCCGUGUACCUAAAAUCCAAAGCUAAAGCAGAAGCAGCAAAGGUACGCCUGCAAUAUGUUCAGGAAGAAGCAGAAUUAAAAAAGAAACAAGCUAACUUAGAUGAACAAUUUGAAAUAGAAACGGCUAAGUUCAAAGCAGCAGCACAGAAAGAAAAGGCUGAAUUAAAUGCAGAACUUGAAGUUCUAGCAUACAAAAAGGAAGUAGCUGCAGCAGAAGCUGAAGUCGAAGUGUUACAGUCUGAAGGAUCAGAUGAGCGUACUGAAAUAAGCUGUUCAGGAAUUAAAUCUAUUGCUAGUAGAAGAACACAAGCCUAUGUGGCUGAACAAUCUUCCCUAAAAUUAAACUCUGUUUUACAACCAGGACCAGAAUUUGAGAUUCCAUAUAUGGUACCUUCAACUAGAAACGAACCUAAAAAAUUAUUUGAUAUCCCACAUGUGGUGCCAUCAGUGGCAAGUGAACCUCUUUCACAAACAGAUCAAAUUCAUGAAGAAACACCUAUUAUGGAACAAGCAGAAAUCCAAAACAAAACUAUAGAAAAGAUAGACAACAGUGUCACAAGUGACCUCACAAGAUUUCUACUGAAGAAAGAGUUACUUUUAUCACGCUUAAUUAACUUCAAUGAUAAGCCAGAAUUCUAUUGUACUUGGAAGUCAAGUUUCACAAACAUCAUGACAGAAUUACAAGUUACACCUAUAGAAGAGAUUGACAUGCUAGUAAAAUGGACCGGUCUAGAAUCGAGGCAACAUGUUUUAAACAUUAAAUCUUCUAACCCCAGUAAUCCUACGUUGGCCCUAUCCAGAAUAUGGGAACGUUUAGAGGACCGGUAUGGCUGUCCUGAGAUGGUGGAAGCUGCUAUAAGAUCAAAACUCAACGCAUUUCCUACUAUCAACGUCAAAGAAAAUAAACGACUAUAUGAACUCUCAGACUUAGUUUCCGAAAUAGAAUCUUUGAAACUAGAACCUCAAUUCAAAUCAUCGUUAGCCAUGUAUGAUUCUUCUAUAGGAGUAAUCCCUAUUGUUUCUAAGCUACCUAGAAAUAUUCAAGAAAAGUGGACGAACACAGCAGGAAAAUUUAUGAAGGAUAAAAAAGUAAUAUAUCCUCCCUUUGAGUGCUUCGCUGAGUUUUUGAGAGAGCAAAGUAAGAUCAAGAACAACCCUAGCUUCAUGUAUGAGUACGACUCCGUUGCCACCAAUCGAAAAGAAAAAGGAAAUUCACGAAAUGUCAAUGUUGCAACUAAGAAAACGGAACUACAAGGCAAUAGCAGGUCAACAGAGAAAUCAAGAGAUGAUAAACAAUGUCCAAUUCACAAUACCAAUCAUACUCUAAAUAAAUGUAGAGCAUUUAGGAACAAACCAAUAGAUGAAAGGCGAAAAUUAUUGAAAGAUAAAAACAUUUGUUUCCGAUGCUGUGAAUCGAAUACUCACAUACAAAGAAACUGUCCAAGUAGUGGUACUGUCAAGUGUGACAUAUGUAGCAGUAAUCAUGCAACUGCUCUUCAUGUUGACAAUUUUCAAAGGAAAUUUAACACGCCACCGAUAGCUUUAUCCUCGAAUGGCGGGGAGUCAGCGCAAAACUCGGAACCAAAUUCUCCAACACCAGUUGUAAAAGCAAUGUGCUCUCAAGUAUGUGGAGACUACUUUUCAGGGAAGUCAUGUGCCAAAACGGUACUUGUAACAAUAUAUCAGAAGAACCAGCGUGCCAAUGCUGUUAAGACAUAUGCAUUGAUAGAUGAUCAAUCAAACAGAUCACUAAUGAAGCCGGAACUUUCAGCCUUACUCAAUGCUCAAGGCGAGGAAAUAAGCUAUACACUUUCAUCUUGCUCUGGAAAAGUCAACAUUACCGGUAAAAAAAUUUCGAAUCUAAUCGUCGAAUCUUUAGAUGCAAAUGUUGCUCUAGAUCUACCACCGUUAAUUGAGUGUGAUGGUAUACCGAACAUUCGAUCUGAAAUUCCUACUCCGGAAAUAGCUGCAUACUACAAUCACCUCUGGGACAUUGCUUCAAAUAUUCCUCAGAUUGAUGAAAAUUGUGAAAUACUGUUAUUAUUAGGCCGUGAUAUCAUCGAGGCUCAUCACGUUAUGGAUCAGAGAAUAGGACCACGAGGUUCGCCUUAUGCCCAGAAACUUCCCCUUGGUUGGACUAUAAUAGGUGAAACAUGUCUUGACAAAACUCACGUGCCUGAGGUCGUAAACGUGAACAAGACAUUCUUAGUGAAAGGCGAUCGUCCUUCGCUUGUUCAACCGUGUGUAAAUGCUUUCGAAGUCUACGAGAAAGAUUCAUUUGGAAAAGAUGUGUUCCAAACAACUAAUCAUGACGACAAAAUUGCAAUGUCAAUCGAUGACAAAGAAUUUCUCAAGAUCAUGGAUAAAGAGUUUAAACAAGACGACGAUAAGAAUUGGAUUGCACCGUUACCAUUUCGAGAGGACAGACAACGGCUACCGAAUAAUGAACAACUUGCUAUGAAACGAGCUAGAUCACUCGACCAUAGUUUACGUAGAGAUCAGACAAAAAUGCAACAUUUUCUUACCUUCAUGGCUAACAUAUUUGAGAACGGCCAUGCUGAGCUAGCACCCGAACUUGACAAUAAUUCAGAAUGUUGGUACUUACCUAUUUUUGGGGUCUACCACCCCAAAAAGCCAGAUCAGUUACGAGCAGUAUUUGAUUCAUCUGCUAAAUAUGGAGGCGUUUCAUUAAACGACCUUCUUCUCUCCGGACCAGAUUUAGCGAACAGUUUGAUUGGUGUAUUGAUGCGCUUUCGUAAGGAUCAAGUCGCUGUCAUAGGAGACAUUCGUCAAAUGUUCUACUGCUUUCGAGUAAGUGAAGAUCACAGAGACUACUUGAGGUUUUUGUGGUACAAAGAUAACAAUCCGUCAAAUGAGCUAACAAAGUAUCGCAUGUGCGUCCAUGCAUUCGGCAACUCGCCCUCUCCUGCAAUAGCUACGUAUGGUCUGAGGAAAACUGCUGCUCUUGGCGAAAAUGUGUACGGGUCAGAUGUAAAGGAUUACAUUGAGAACAAUUUUUAUGUUGACGAUGGUCUCAUUUCUCUACCGUCCGCAUCAGAAGCAAUCAGCUUAAUGAAGAGGUCAAAAGAUGCUCUAGAAAAAAUUGGGAACAUUGAACUACAUAAAAUCGCAUCAAAUAAUAAAGAGGUUAUGAAUGCAUUUCCACAAGAAGAAUUAGCAAAAAACUUGAAGGAAAUAGAUCUAGAUUGUGACAGGCUACCAUCACAAAGAAGCCUUGGUAUUAACUGGGAUUUAGAUUCCGAUUCGUUUACAUUCCAAGUUGAUUCCGGAAUUAAACCUUUCACAAGACGAGGUGUAUUGUCGACAAUUAACUCUAUAUACGAUCCUCUUGGAUUUAUUGCGCCAGUUGUUAUAAAAGGCAAAUUGUUAAUGAGGUCAUUAAUUCAGGAAAGUCAGGACUGGGACUCGCCACUCUCGCCACAACAGUAUUCAGAGUGGAAAGAUUGGAAAACUUCGUUGGUUGAUCUUGAACAUGUUAAAAUUCCACGCACGUACUUUGCCGAACCUUAUUCUUCAACAUUAGAGAAAACAAUUCAUAUCUUUUCAGAUGCUUCUGAAAAGGCGAUUGGAGCAGUUGCGUAUUUGAGUGCUCAAAGGUCAGGUCACGAUCGACAGUACGGAUUUGUCCUUGGAAAAGCUAAGGUAGCUCCAUCACAUGGUCAUACCAUACCUAGACUAGAACUUUGUGCAGCUGUUUUGGCAAUUGAACUUGCAGAAUCUGUCACGGAACAUCUUGAUAUACCACCGGAAAAGUUUCGAUUCUUCACUGACAGUAAAGUUGUACUUGGAUAUAUUUCCAACGAUUCAAGGAGAUUUUACACUUAUGUCGCUAAUAGGGUAGCUAAAAUUAGAAAGUUUUCGAAGGCAAGCCAAUGGUCGUAUGUACAUACAGGAAACAAUCCUGCAGAUCAGGCAACAAGAUCGAUUGCUGUUAAUGAUUUACAAACAAGCAUGUGGCUUCAUGGACCAACUCGUACCAUAGGUGAAAACUCGAUCAGUGAAACGGAUUAUCAAUUACAGGACCCGUCUGAAGACAAGGAAGUCAGGAAUGUGUCAUGUCUCAAAACGAAAAUUUCAGACAUCUCUAAUAUGGGAUCACAAAGGUUCGACAGAUUUUCAGACUGGAACAAAUUAGUAGGCACUAUUGCUAGACUUCAACAUAUCGUAGAUUCUUACCAAGGUAAAGCCUCCUGUCACCACGGAAGAGGAUGGCAUCUCUGUGGGGAAUCUUUAAAUCUCGUGAAUAGCCGAAGGGCAGAAAUUAAUAUCAUCAAAGCUGUUCAGGCAGAGACUUAUACUGAUGAGUUACUUAGUUGUGUCGAAGGAAAAAGCAUACCAGCGAACAGUCCGUUGGUCUCUCUUAAUCCAUUCGUUGAUCAGGAAGGUAUAUUACGUGUAGGAGGACGUUUAUCUCAUGCUGAUAUUGAAAUCAACGAAAAACAUCCCAUUAUCAUUCCAGGCAAACAUCAUAUAGCCACUUUGUUGAUACGAAAAUUCCAUCAUCAAGUUAAACAUCAAGGAAGAUUGAUCACGAAUGGAGCAAUUAGAACUGGUGGUUAUUGGAUAACCGGAUCGAAAAGAAUUGUGUCUUCAAUGAUUCACAAGUGCAUAAUUUGUAGAAAAUUGCGAGGCAAGCUGCAAUUUCAGAAAAUGGCAGAUCUUCCUGUCGACCGCCUGGAACCUGGACCACCUUUCACUUACGUAGGUGUUGACUGCUUUGGACCAUGGGAGAUAGUAACUCGGAAGACACGUGGUGGCGCUGCCAAUUCAAAAAGGUGGGCCGCUCUCUUUACCUGUCUCACCACCCGGGGUAUUCAUAUUGAAGUCCUUGAAGAGAUGAGUAGUUCUUCAUUCAUUAAUGCCUUUAAAAGAUUCACGUCUAUACGCGGACAAGUGAAACAAAUUAGAUCAGACUGUGGAACAAAUUUUGUAGGAGCUACAAAUGAACUAAAAAUAGAUACUAUUCGUGUGGACGAUGAUAAUAUUAAGGACUGUUUGUACAAGUCGGGAGUUACAUGGGUUUUCAAUGCACCGCAUUCUUCUCAUAUGGGUGGUAUAUGGGAGAGGAUGAUUGGCGUCACAAGACGUGUCCUUGAUUCAAUUCUUCUAGAGAACGUAAAGGGUGGACUUACACACGAAGUACUAAUAACUCUUUUGGCAGAAGUUACGGCCAUCGUUAAUUCUAGGCCACUAGUUGAAGUUUCAACAGAUCCAGAGGACCCGAUUCCUCUAACUCCAGCAAUGCUUCUGACUCAAAAACCUAAUUUGAUAACGAUUGAAAACACCUUUGAUAUGACCAAUAUGUAUAGAGCUCAGUGGAAAAGAGUCCAGGUACUGGCUGAUAUGUUUUGGAGAAAAUGGAGAGUUGAAUAUCUCCAGACAUUGCAAAAACGUCGCAAAUGGCAAACAGAAAAACGAGACAUUUCAGUUGGAGAUCUGGUAUUAUUGAAAGACAAUUCUGUUCAUAGAUGUAGCUGGCCUGUCGGCAUCAUAACUGACACCUUUCCAAGUCAAGACAAAAGAGUCCGCAAAGUAGCGUUGCGAAUCAUACGUAAAGAUGGUGAAAGAGUUUCAUACAUCCGUCCGAUCACCGAACUAGUUGUGUUAAUAGAAACUGAUUGA